AUGCCUAGCCACUCGUACACACUUCGCCAGCCGACUUCCGGGGAGGCCGAGGCCUUAUCAGCGCUUAUCUGCUCGUCCUGGACGCAAGCUUUUGGACACGCCGUCCCCGCCUCCGUUGUCGAAGAAGCCAUCGCAGGACCCUUAUCCCCUUCUACUAUCGAGCAACAGAUAUCAGACCCCUCCACCCACUUCCUAGUCGCCAGCUUCCAGCCGCAGCAAGGCUCCGAACAAAUCAUCGGGGUCGCCCAAUUACGAGCUGGGCUGUCCGAGGCUUGCCUCCAGCUCCCCAACUCCACAUCCCUCCGGAAGCUAUACGUGGACGCGGCGCACCACGGGACUGGCGUGGCUAGGGAUCUACUGCUAGCGGCGGAGGAGACGGCGCGAAAAGAUGGGUGGAGCAGUAUAUGGCUGACGGUGUGGGAGGGGAAUGCACGGGGAAAGAGGUUCUACGAGAAGAUGGGAUACGAGGUGAAGGGUCAGAAACCGUCUGAUCUGAGAGGCGGAAGUAGAGGAAUUGUGGACUUUGUCAUGGAGAAGGCGCUGUAG